UCACUGAGUGACGAAGAGCGAGCAACAGAGUGACGAAGAGCGAGCGCCUCCCUACACACUAGACACAACCCAAAAGAACAAUCUCUCGAGACAUGCAGGGCUCCCUCUUCCUUGACACCAAAACUCUUGCAUGGCCUUCACGUGGCCACACCCAAACCUCCUCCCACCACCUCCACCGCCUCACUCCACCAAAUCCCACCAUCAAAUUCCGACAACCACCGCCAAUCUCCGCCGUCGCCACCUCCCCACCGCCACCUCUAACUAGACAAAAGACCCACUCUCUGCCCCCUGAAAAAGUCGAGAUCUUCAAGUCGCUCGAGGGCUGGGCCUCCCAACACGUCCUCCCGUUUCUAAAGCCGGUGGACCAGUGUUGGCAGCCCAGCGCAUUCCUGCCCGACCCAGCACUCCAUAAAGGGGAGUUUCUGGAUCGGGUUCAGGAACUCCGUGAUCGGACCAAUGGGCUUCCCGACGAGUACUUUGUGGUGCUUGUCGGGGACAUGAUCACUGAAGACGCAUUGCCCACUUACCAGAGCAUGAUAAAUGGGCUGGACGGAGUUAGGGACGAGACUGGAGCUAGCUCGAGUCCGUGGGCCCGAUGGACUCGGGCCUGGACUGCUGAGGAGAAUAGGCACGGGGAUCUGCUCCGCACGUUUCUUUACUUGUCGGGUCGGGUGGAUAUGCUCAUGAUCGAGAAAACGGUACAGUAUCUUAUUGCAGCUGGCAUGGAGCCAGGGACAGAGAACAAUCCUUACUUGGGGUUCGUGUACACGUCGUUCCAAGAGCGAGCCACGUUCAUAUCCCACGGCAACACGGCUCGGCUGGCUAAAGACGCCGGUGAUCCAGUGCUCGCGCGCAUAUGCGGAACCAUUGCAUCCGACGAGAGGCGCCACGAGAUGGCAUACUCUAAGAUUGUUGAAAAGCUCCUCGAAGUGGACCCCACUGGAGCAAUGGUGGCGAUUGCUGAUAUGAUGAGGAAAAAAAUCACGAUGCCGGCGCACCUUAUGUACGAUGGGGAAGAACCCAAGCUAUUCGAGCACUUCGCCGCAGUUGCUCAGCGGCUGGGCGUGUACACAGCUGAUGAUUACGCUGACAUCUUGGAGUUUCUGAUCGGACGGUGGAGGUUGGAGAAGUUGGAGGGAUUGACGGCGGAGGGUGCGCGUGCACAGGAGUUCGUGUGCGGGUUAGCGCCGAGAAUAAGGAGGCUUCAGGAGCGAGCGGAUGAAAGAGCACGGAAGAUGGGCCCGCAUGCGGUCAAGUUUAGCUGGAUCUUUAAUAAAGAAGUCUUGCUGUAAUUAAGUAAUUAAGAAGUUAAUAAGUAGCAAUGGGAAUGUAAUUAGGAACUUAAAUCAAGACUUUUUUGGUAUGUAAUUAAAGUACUUAAUCUA